AUGGAGGGCAUCGACCUCUCCGCCCUUAGCGGGGAAGAGCUACAGCAAAAAGUGGAGGAGAUCGUCCAGCAACAAGUGCAAGUCGAACUCGAAGCCAACAGGAUAAACGAGGGUGAAGUCACCUACGCCCCACCACCUGCCGGCAACCCGGUCCCACCUACCGGCAGCCAGCCAUCACCCUCCAGCCAGGGUAAAACACCUUCCUUCAACGACCCCAGCAGCGUCGCACACAUCGUGGCGCAAGCGGCCAAGGCGACAGCUGAGACCAUCGCUGAACAACAGGGCUUUGCCCGCUCAGGCACGUUACGUGCGUACGUUGUGUACUACGCCCACGAUGAUGGUGGCUACUACGAAGACUACGGCGACUACGACGACGGAUACUACGACGACGACGGCUACCACGACGCCGGGGACGCCCACUACGCCGGCGGUGGAGACAGCUACAGCUACUCCUCAGGGGAACUGGUAGAGAGGAAGGGAAUUUCGGUCUUUCACGUGCCGUCGCCGUACCGGCGUGCAGACUUCCUUACAAAGAGUUUGUCGAAGGAUGCUUUCGAGUCUCACCGUGAUUUUGUGAUGAAUUUGGCAUGAACAUUUUGUUGUUUUUUCUGAUAUGUUGUGUUUUGGUUUUGUUUUGCUUCUCGUUUUGUUUCCCGUUUUCUUUCAUUUCCCGCGCCAAGUAUUUGUUACGCGCGAUGCAGCAUUCAUAUUCCUUUGAAUUGUUUUUCUCUCUCUUAUGUUAUUCUGGUAAAGUCUUGGUGGCAUAUCGUCUGGGAAAGACGUCUUUUGGUUGAGAUAUCGGGUGUUAGCGAAGUUUUCAGUGAGAGACUGUUGCGAGCAGGGGGGACGUUAGAUAUACUCGCAGCAGUAUCUGGUCGUGAGGAUCCCAGGGGAUACGUGUUGGGAAUUUCGUGUGGAGUAGGGUACCACCGGUGCAGUCACGGGGAUCCUUUUGGCGUGGUGGUUGGUGCGAUGGAGCUUGCGUGCGUGCUGCGCACUUCUUCCCUCUC